AUGCUGUUCGGCGCGGAUGAGAGCCCGGCGCAGAAGAAGAUCGUAGAUGCGGCGGCGUGGAGCCUCAACAUAUUCACGUCUGUGGCGAUCGUCAUGGUGAACAAGCAGCUGAUGAACGGCAGCGGCUACGGCUUCUCGUUCGCCACCACCCUCUGCGGGCUGCACUUCCUCUGCACGUCGUCCAUCGGCCUGUUCACGUCGAGCAAUAAGGGUGGCUCGGACGUCAACGCGAGCGGGGAGAAGAUGAGAGUACCGCCCAACGACAUCGCCAUGUUCGUCGUCGUCGCGGCCACCUCCAUCAUCGGUCUCAACAUGUCCCUCAUGCUCAACACCAUCGGCUUCUACCAGGUGUGCAAGCUCGCGCAGAUCCCGACCAUGUGCGUGCUGGAGGGCACGCUCAUGGGCAAGAAGUUCGGCAGGAAGGUCAUCCAGGCCAUCGUCAUCGUGCUCGUGGGCGUCGGGAUCGCCACGGUGUCGGACGUGGAGAUGAACUUCCAGGGAACCGUCGCCGCCAUCGUCGGCGUCGUCUCGACCUCGGGCCAGCAGAUCCUCGUCGCCCACCUGCAAAAGAAGCACAGCGUCACCAGCAACUUCCUCCUCGCCAAGACCUCGCCAUACAUGGCCGCGUCCAUGCUCCUCUUCGGACCCGCGAUGGACGAGCUCGUCACCGGCAAGUGGGUGUUCGACUACGAGUGGAGCUCCGCGUCGCUGACCUUCCUCGCCGUCUCGUGCUUCUUCGCGGUGCUCGUGAACAUCUCGUCGUUCCUGUGCAUCGGGCGAUUCUCCGCCGUGUCGUUCCAGGUGAUCGGCCACGUGAAGACGUGCUUGGUGUUCUUCUUCGGCUGGGUCAUCUUCGCGGCGCCCAUCACCGCGAGGAACGUCAUGGGGUGCUCGCUCGCGGUGGUGGGGAUGAUUUACUACUCGCACGCGAAGACGCAGGAGGCGGCGAGGGUGACCACGAGCGCGAGCGGCGGUAACAUCGCCAACGGGAAGCUGUAGGAGGCUGCAGUGCGUUUAUUCUUAAUACAUACGAGUCACGCGCGUGAC